UCUCGAAUCAUUGGAUUAUAUUCGAGAAGGUAAAGCUGAUCACGUAUCUGAUGAUUACAAGAAAAUUACCGGCGAAAAACCUACUCGCAUUAAAUCGUUCUUCGAAGACAAUGCUGAAUCGUUCCGCCCUGGUAGAAACCGUCGCUCUCGCAAUUUAGACGACAUGG